ACCACUAAUUUACGAUUGAAUUUUCAGGGAAAUGUAAACAAUAAUCGAAGUGUUUGUUGCAGAACUUUGUUAUUAUUGAAACGUGAAGUGCAUAAAAUAUAGUUUGAUCAAUAUUAUAAUAAUCUUUUUUGAUACGAUAGUUCUUGAAUUGUGUGCUAGAAAAUUUUUUACGUCAACAAAACUAUAGAUCGAUCUCACAAUUGAUUCGUUUAUAGUAGCGUCUUAACCUCUGUGUAGCAUCAUAAACUUCAAAGAGUUAUGUUGAUUUGAUUAAAAAACAUGGUUAAUUUUUUUAAUGUUUAUAAACAACAUUCUUUACGUGAGCUUAUUAUCAUUAAAAUAUGACAGUGUAUUAAAAGAAUAAAAGAUGACAAAGCAUAUAUAGUUCGUGAUUAUGGAGUAUGACUCUGCAUCGAACUGUGAUGAUCAUCUGCGAGAAUAUGAAACUUCAGAAGAUCUCCCACAUUUAAGAGAAAUACAUAAACUUGAACGUCCAAUCUGUACUACAAGUUCAACACCAUGGCAUUCUCUGCAGGUUGUGACAUCACAAUCAAAACUCAAAUCAGCGACAACAAACAAAAGUCUUUCUUCUCAAGUGAUGGAAUAUUAUCACAAAUAUUCUCAAAAUGCAAAUUUGGAUCAAUAUUUUUCACUGCCUUCAACUAGUACAUCACCAGAAGCGAUUAAAUGUUAUUAUAGCAUAUAUGAAGUAAAUCCAAAAUUAGAGGUUAAUAGACAGGAUUGUAUAGGAGAGGAAUAUAAUUUAAAAUCUUAUGUGCCUAGAGAAAGAAGAAGAUGGGCGAGACCACCUCUUAUUGGUCAAUCUUCAAAUACAGAAUCAUCGUCCAGAUAUGUUCAAACUCCAUUGUCGAAUCUUAAAUCUCCAUCACCUGAUUUAAAACGUAAUACACCGGAAACAAUCUUAGAAGAAAAAAAUGAAAAUCAAGAGAUAUUAACAGAAGCUAUAGAAAGGAAAAUAUCUUCUCCAACUUCUAGUAUUGCUUCUCAUAAGCCUCUCGAAUGGGAUAGUGGAGCGGAUGUUGGUUAUUUUAAUACAAUUCCCAACAAUAAACAAAAUGACAAAAAAUUAAGUACGAUAGAACGAAUGGCUUUAGCUAAAGGUUGUUCCGCUGCUUUAAGAUUGGAUCCUGAAGGUACCACAGAAUCAGGAAUCUCUGGAAAACUUGUAGGAGUUCAAAAAAAUUCGACCAAUUCUAUGAUUCCUGAUGCUAAUUCUACUCCAUUGUUGGGAAAUGCUUCAGGAUCGGAAAGCGAAAUUGAAAUUACACCGAUUGUGAAGAAUCAUUUGCCGGGUAUAAUAUCGGGAAAUGGAAUAAAAUCUAACGAAAGAUUUUUCUCUAAGGAUCUCAAACACCAAAAUAUUUUAAUGCAGUAUUCGAAAAGAGAGUACAACCAUGACACUUCAAAAUCGACUUUUGCAUCCAAGAUACCUUUUGCAAAAUUCGCGACUGAGGUAAGGAAAAUAUCGAGCAGACAGAAUACGAACAAAGAAAAUAUAUGUCCCCCAACCUCACCUUUGAAAAAGAGCACAUCGAUGAACACGUUAUUUAUACCACCCUCUAAAUUACCAUUGAAAAGAAGUCAAAGCGAGUUGAAUUUGUACGGUAGAGAUAAGGGCAAAUCUGCGUUGCCAUUAAUUUUUAAUUCUUCAUCCUCGAUUGCUACUAUUGUAAAUAAACCUUCCACUUGUGAUAAAGUUAUACAGACGACUUUAUACGCUUACACUCAAGAAUCCGUUGGCGUCCAAGUUUCGGCUCUCGAGGAAGAGAAGCCACCGUUACCAAAGAGAGGAACUAGUUUGCGAAAGGGUUCGACAUUAAUGUUGAAGAAUCCAAAGGAUACGUACAAAGUUCAAAAUUCAAGGAAACAGAAAACCAAUGAAGCACAAAAUGCUGAAGCGAGCGGAGAAAGGAAGGAAAUAAAAUUGCAGCAAAAUUAUUCGGAACAAUCGCAGAACGAAUCGGGCAGGCAAACACCGCAGCCUGAUACGGAAAAUAUAACAGGUAGGGCGAACAGCUUUGAAUAUUUUCCUGGUCAUGUAUACGAGAACGUCCCUAACGGAAGCGGUAGCCAUAUUUCAUCUUCAGAGACGGGAAGAUCUCAUUCUACUCUGCCCAAUACAAGCUCCAGCAUUAACGAGAAAUUAUGGGGUGACUCGGAUAGCCUGGUAAAGGAUCUGGAACGAAGCGUGAAUAUUUUGAAGAGUCUGGUCGAUGCGAAUAAAUGCGACAAGGAAAUUAAGAAAAGACUGAUACAUCACGUAGUUAAGAGAUUAAUCACCGCCAAAUACACGGAUGAUAAAAUUGAGCAUAAUUUAGAAGAUAACGUUCCGUGGAAUCCAGACGAUGCCAGGAGCAAAGUUUACGGUAGGGAGAUACUUCAGGCAAUAACGAAAAAUCGUAAUACCAGCGAUUCUUCGACCGACUGGAAUUUGCAGAAGGAAUUGGCACAGGGGAAAUCCUCCACGAGGAGCGGAAAAGGUAUGGCAAAGAAUGUCACAUCGGAAAGUAGUAGUGAUAAAAUAGAUAAAAAUACGGACAGAACGGAAACAGAUGGGCGAAAAGCAAGGAUGGGUCUCAGAUCGGAUGAUUGCCAUCGGAGCAGCAGCAAUACUAUGACCGACAAAAGCGAAAGUUCCGAAUGCUUUCCGCAAAGAAGUCGUAAAGGGAACAAAAUGCAGGACAUAUUUUGCAUGAAAGAUUGUAAAAUGCAGAGAGAUUCGAAGAUGACGACAACCAGAACGACGACAACGACAACAGCUAUGACGAAUAAUACAAUUGAUCAUAAUCGAAUGUUGUUGGACGCGGUUGUUAACAACAGGAGAAACGUUAUUCGUUCGAGCAACACAGGGGAACAGGAUGACUGGAGGCUACUCACUACGUUUUCCGAGAGGCAAUUCGAGAUGAAGAAGCAUGGCAGUUCCGAUUCCGCGGAUUCGAAGCUAGUUAGUUACGCCGAAAUGGAGAAAAGGAAUCAAUUGAUCUGGAUCACGAACGAGAUUAGCCACUUGUGCAAUCUAAAAAAAUUACUGGAAGAAUCGCGAAGACCGGAGAGAUUGCGAACGAGAGAGUCCCCGAAAAAAUCGAGAUCGGGAAAUUUUAAAAGAAAACCGAUGGGAACGUCGUCGCACGAGUUGUCCAAAAACAACGAUUAUUGCAAUUGUUCGGAUACACAAGUUAAUUCGUUAGAAGAUCCAUGGUCUUCUCAUUGUAAUUUAGCUGCGUGCCACCAUUCCAGCACAUCUACCAGCAUUAUUCAACAUAUUAAAAAGCGAAACAGUUGUGCGCAAACGGCGACGAAUAUUACCGGGGCCUUGUCAAAGACUGGUGGUGAAAUCGUGUCCGUCUCAAACUUGCACAAUUUCACGAUUAAAUUAGUCAGUAUCGGUGUACAAACCAUACCUCAAGAAACGUCUACAAUUCCUGCUUUGAUACAGUCGGAAAUUGUGCAUUAUGUCAAGUGUCCCGCGCACAGUUCGAUGCAGUUUCAAAAUAAUCACAAAUGCACCGAGCAACAAGUAAGCCAAUGCGUGAAGCAUCACGCCAUCCAGAAUCUAGUUACUUGCACGCAAUGCUCACAGGAACAAAAGGAACGAUUGAGCGUUCAGAAGGUGCACACAAAUAUCGAGAACUUUCAGGACGACAGUCCAGUUAGCUCGCAGACGUUAUCGGAUCAGACGAACGGUAACAGUAUCAGCUCCGUGGAAAUACCUCGUCACUGCGUUCAGGCCAGUUCAUUGAAGCAAAAGGAACCAAGAAUCAAAUAAACACUUUAAAAUUGAAAACUUGCGAUUGUAAAUGUGAGAGUAAAAAAAUAUCCAAAGCAUGUCAAUGUAGCUCGU